GUAAGUGAUUGGUUUCUUUCAACCCGUAUAUUUCCGAAUCUCCAAAACUUCCUGGUUAAGAAGAUAAGCAAGGAAGGAAUUUUUACAGGUGGCUACAGAUAAGGUUUAAAAAUGUUGGUUUUGGUUAUAUGUGGAAGCUUCAUUCUUUCAGUAACGUGCCAUGGAGGACAUCAACAUUCACUGUAUCUUCCGGAAAUAUCCGAGAACAAGGCAAAAUCCUUCUUAUAUAAUAGACACAUAAGGAGUUUGGAAAUAAACGCGUCUCCCAAGCCUGAGUAUUGCACGUACCUGCAUCCCGGCUACGAGUCUUGGUGUGAACAGCACAUUCCAUAUUGCCAGGAACAGCAGGAGUUUACUAGGGAACACAGAUGUGCUACUUUAUCCACACCGUGCUCCCCCGGCCAGCACUGUGUGUUGACCACCCCGUGCCCCGCCCAUUUUAGGCAUAAUUGUGUUGACAUAAAUGAAUGUGACAGCAACCCCUGUCAAAAUGGAGGCACUUGCCACAAUGGAAACAAUCAGUACACCUGUACCUGUUUACCUGGUUGGACGGGAACCAAUUGUGAAAUAGAUAUCGAUGAAUGUGCUAGCACCCCUUGUAUGUACGGAAAUGACUGUAUCGAGGACAGAAUCAAUAGCUACAUCUGUGUGUGCAGUGAGAGAUUUGAAGGGGUCCACUGUGAAAGAGAUUGUAGACCUGGUCCUGCUGACGUUAUGUUCUUGAUUGAUACGUCAUUCAGUCAAAAGGAAGCUAUCAACCAAUCAGUUGACUUUAUGACGGAAUUUGUUAAACAAAUUCCAAUUGGACCGAAUGACUUCCAAGUUUCUCUAGUUUCAUUUUCCCUACGCCCCAAAACGAUUUUUAAUUUCACGACCUUUCAAAGUAACUCAAGUCUUCUAAACGCUCUGAGUUUGAUAGAAUCUGAAAGUGGUCCGACCAAAACUUCAGAUGCUCUUCAAUAUGCGUCACAGAAAAUACUGAACCCAGCAAAUGGCGCACGUCUGCUUUCAAACAUCAGUCAUUACGUCAUACUUGUGACAAACGGACUGUCCACAGAUCGUAAUCAAGCAAUCCACACUGCCCAGAUUCUCAGAAACACAAAUCCUCAUUUCAAAAUCUACGCUGUGGGUAUCGGCGAGGACAUUGCACACGAGGAACUAGUACAACUCCCUACAGAUACAUCUCUAUCGUUCUCUCCAGACAACAACGAUUUGCUGUUGGCCAUGUUAAAGGAUGCAGCUGACUAUGGAUGUACAGAUUGCAACAGUACUUCUUUGACUGAUGUCAUUAUUUUGUUCGACACAUCGGAGGACUCAAGUCCACUGAAAGGAAGCUCUCUCCAUUCUCUAAAAUUUGUCGAUAAGCUUGUCGAUUCUUUUGAUAUGGCACACACAGAUAUCAAAGUAGCCAUGCUUACGUUUAGCAGUUAUUCGCAAAUUAAGUUUAAUUUUUCUCAUAUCUCAGACCAAGAUAUGAAAGCCAAAAUAUUUACCACUACCGUCGAUAAUAGACAAGGAAACACUUCAAUACGUGUAGGUUUAUUGAAAAUGGAAGAACUUUUUACGUCACCAUCAUCCGGAGGUAGACCGGAAGCUAGAAAAAUCUGUUAUUUAUUUACAAAUGGGAAAUGGCCGACAUCUGAGAAUUCUGAACUGAAACACAAGAUCGAGGAGUUGAAUACUGCUGGGAUUAGUGUUAACUUAAUGGUGACUGUUGAUGACACUGAUUCCUAUUCAGAUACUGAUAUGUCACUGACCAAUGCGAAGGAAAUAGCAUUCAAUCCCUACAGGGUGUAUAUGGUAGAGGAAAACAAUGAAUAUGUCAUAAUACAAGCUGCUGCCAGAGAAACAAGAUAUGUAAAAUGUCCUUCAGAUAUAUUUGAAUCAAAACAUUAAGAUAUCACAGAGAAAUAAACAACUUUAAAAAUUAA